AUGUUUAUUUUAGUAAAUCAAAGGCUUUGGAUAAAACAGAACAAUAAACCUGAAACACCAUAUGAGUUUCGUCUUGCCCAAGUUAAUCGUAAAGAUGGAUUAAGUUUAUAUUCAUCUGUUCUCAAUGGAUCUGAUCGUGUGGACUUUAUUUCUCCUGAAAUUUUACAUGAAAAUGUGGCUAGUCAUAUUCUUCAAUCAAAAGAUAUCAACGUUGAUCACGUCUCAUCUGAAGUACAAUGUAAAACUCGUGAAGAAUAUUGGGAUAAAAUUAAACAAUGUACUACAUUGGGCGGUUCAACAGAACUGAAUACUUUAGCAUGUUUGUAUCCAAAGCAUUUAUUUUGUGUUAUUUCAAGAAUCGAAUGUGAAUAUGCGAAAGUUGUUGUAAAUGUUUGUAAAUAUGUUGAAAAUAUUUUAUCGUACAAGAAAUGUAUAUUUAUAUAUUAUGAUGGUAUAUCUGGUCAUUAUAGUCCUUUAUAUUUAUAUAACAAAACAAGUGAAGAAGAAGAAAAAAGCAAUUUUAAAUAUGAUGAUGAUACAAUGAAAAUUCUUCUUUUCAAAUUUAUUCAACAAGAUCUUAAAUAUGACGACUAUAUUGAUUUCGAAGAGACAAAGAUAGUCGAUCAACCUGCUAUCAUAUCAAAUGAAAAGAGUGAUAAUAUAUCUGAUUCAAUUGCUAACAAUGAUAUGAUGGAUACAGAACAAACAUUAGAAAAUAACGAGAAUCCAUCUAUGAGUAAUACUAUCAAGAUAUUUCCAUCGUCAACAUCGAAUAUAAAUGCAGAUGAUCUCAUAUUAACAGUAACGUCGAACAUUACAUCCGAAACAACACAAGAAUUUUUUCGAAAAUCUGUUCCUGCUGACGGUGAUUGUCUAUUUUCAUCUCUUUCCAACGUACUCGAUACAUCUGGGAAGAUUACCACUGCAAAUUUACGUGAAAAAGCUGCUGAUUUUAUUAGUCAACCAGAUAAAAUUGACGUACUAUGUUUAUUGUAUGAAACUGGAAAACCUCGUGACCAAUAUUGUUCUACGAUUAAAAACACCAAAGCAUGGGGUGGUCAUCCAGAAAUUGAAGCUAUUGCUGAAUCUUAUGAAAUAAGAAUUCGUGUUGUAGAUGUUCAUACUCAACAAUCACGUAUAUCUAUUAGCGAAUUUCCUUCAAAAAAAACGUCAUUUGAACAAUGUUGUUAUAUUAUUCGUCAAAAUAGUCAUUAUGAAUCAUUACAUUUACGUAUUGACAAUAAUUCAAAAGGCGAACGUGCAAUUUUUAAUUCUAAUGAUAAGAAAGUAAAGGAACUUAUCUGUGAUUUUAUUGGAAAAGAGUUUCCUAAUUAUAAAUUGGAAUCAUGUAACAAUCAGACAAAUGUUGAUGAGCUUUCAGUGCAACCAGUUGAGCAAUCUUUCGACAAACUUCCUGAUCCAACUAAUUUAAUUAGCAUAAAUGAUACAACGAAUGUAUUAAAGAAACGAAAGUUAUCAAAUGUAAACAAUAAUUUACCGAGCAACAUUGAUGAACUUUUUCAAACAAAUUUUUCUCGAAUAAAAUUAAAAAUUGAACCUGCAGAACAAUUUCGUGCUCGUGCUCUAAGUGAUUAUAUACCAAAGAAAGAAUAUAAACGUGAUGGUAAAACGAGGGCUGAACGAAGAUGUCCGACUUAUUUUGCUGAUCGAGUUGCUGAAAACAAUAAGCACAAAAAAAAAUUUCUGACAUUAUUGAUCCCGACAACGCUUGUAUUCGGCCAAAAUCCCAUUGAUCUUAAUCGUGUUGCAGUAGAAAUUUGUAUUGUGACACGAACCAUCGAUGGAUGUAUUUAUAUUCAUCCUUAUUAUAAAUUUUACAAACCUGAAAAUGAUGGAGAAUACUUUUUAUCUAAUCCAAUGUUUAUAUGUCUUGGAUAUGAUAAGGGUUAUGAAAAUUUGAUCGACAGCAAGGGAGAUCUGACAGAGAUCAUGGGAAUACUAAACAUGAAUCUCUAUUUGACGGUCAUACAUAUUCUAAACAGUCAACUAGAAACACUAGAAAAGCCAAUUGAACCUUUUGAAUCGAAAAAUUCGAAUGGAAUAGCUGAUACAAAAAUAUACAAUAAAUCUGAUGUAUUGAAAAACAAGUUUCAUUUAAAUGAUCUUCGUUUUGCCAUAACAUUAUGGAUGAAAAAAGAUGGCGAAGAGACAUAUAGUCGGCGUGUUGAUCUUCAAUAUAUUAGUGAAAUCUCUACCGGACAAUCACAGCAAACUCUUAAUGAUAAUCAAUGA